CAGGACUCCCAACCCCGCGCGGCCGCGCGGCGCCGGCGCGCCCACGCACCACCCAAUGUUCGAGCACCACCCCGCGUGCCCGACCUCGCCGCCCGCAUCCGGCGACCGCCGCUCCGUCCUCUUCGACCCUGAUUCCCUCCCUGGCCUCCUCCGCUCCGCUGCCACCUCCUCGCCCGGCGCCUCUGCCCGGACCGUCUCCGCCCUCCACGCGGCGGGCCUCAAGCUCGGCGCCCUCCCCUCCUCCCUGCCGGCCUCCAACGCCCUCAUCUCCGCCUACUCCCACGCCGGCCUCCUCCCAUCCGCGCUCCGCGCCUUCUACCUCCUCCCCUACCCGUCCACCGCCUCCUACACCACCGUCCUCUCCGCGCUCUCCCGCCACGGCCGUCCCCACGAGGCGCUCUCCCUCUUCGCCGCCUCCGCGUCGGUGGUCGCCCCCGACGCCGAGCUCCUCUCCUGCCUCGUCUCAUGCUGCCGCCGCGCGUCAGCCUUCCUCCCCGCGCGCGCGGCGCACGCUUACGGCAUCAAGAACGUGGCCGUGCUGGUCUUCUACGCCUCGGCUGGUCCGGCGCUGGUCGCCCUGUAUGCGAAGCAAGGGAAGGUCAGCGCUGCCCGGAGAGUGUUUGGUUGCUUGGACGUCGAGGACGUGGUGUCCUGGAACGCCAUGAUGGGGGGAUUCGCUAGUGCCGGGAGGGAUGUUGAGGCCUGGAAUUGCUUCCGGGAGAUGCGCAUGAGGGGUGUUCGAGGGAAUGCCCGCACAGCUGUGGCGGUGCUGGGCGCUUGUGAUUUGGAGUCCGGCAGGCAGGUCCAUGGGUACAUGCUGAGAAGCCAUGGUGGUGGUUCCAAAACAAUUUUGUGGAAUGCACUGAUGAGCAUGUAUUCUCGCGUCGGCUCUGUCAAUGACGCAGAGCAUGUGUUCUUGGAGAUUGAACGAAAGGAUGUCGUGUCAUGGAACGUGAUGAUUGGGGCAUUUGCGAAGAACGGAUAUGGAGCAAAGGCUCUUGAGCAUGUGGAUGCCAUGGCGCAGAGUGGGAUGCAGCCGGACUCUGUAACAUUCACAGCUGUUCUAAUGGCAUGCUGCCAUUGCGGCAUGGUGGAUGAAGGGCUCGCACUAUUCCAGCACUUCGUGUCAGUUGCUGGUCUCGUCCCAACUAUGGAGCAGUGCGCCUGUGUUGUGGAUCUGCUUGCGCGUGCUGGGAGGUUUGUAGAGGCCUUGGAAUUUAUCGGCCAAAUGCCGAUGAAACCAAAUGCAAUUGUCUGGGGUGCACUUCUAUCUGCAGGUAGGAUGCACCACAAUGUGGAAUCUGCAAGGAUCGCAUUUGAGCAGCUAGUUCUGGUAGAGCCCGAGAAUGCUGGGAAUUUUGUGACCAUGUCAAACAUAUAUGCAAAGGCCGGAAUGGUAGAGGAUGCAAAGAGAGUGAGGAUGAUGAUUGACAGGGUAGAGUCAGUGAAACCUUCUGGACAGAGCUGUGUGGAAAUAGUGUAAUAAGGCAUAAGAAUAAGACUACAUGGAUUGUUGAGAGUUGCACAUAUUUCGAAGAGUGUAUAUUUCUGCUCACAAAACUUUUGUCAUCCUAACUGUAGAAAAAUAACAUAUUUUAGUGACCUGGAACUGCCGUUGAUUUCAGAUUAUCAAUGGUUAAUGUUAGUUUGUGAUUGUGAGCAAGGAUUGCAGCAAGACAAACGAAAACCUACGACUGGCGAUCUGAGAGUCACUCAAAGUGCCUAUACAUUUUAAUGGAAAUGAAGGCAGAAUAAAGGUUCUUCAGGAUGGAGUCAAUGAAAAACUGUACACUCAACUGCCCUGCAGCCUGGGUACAUAUUCAUCUCCCUGGCAGCCAUCAUCGGCAGAAGUAUUAGUAGUGGAAAAACAUCAAGACAAUGCCUCCACAAGAAGAUAUUUGACCUUCCAACUAACUAGUAGUUGGUCCACUUGAAUCUGCUCAUGUUGGAGUAAUUUGUCUUACAGUCAAAUAUUAUAUCACAUGAGCAUUACCAGGCUUAUCAUAUCCAUUUACUAGGCCUGGGCCUUUCUAAAUUCUAAGUUUAUAUACUUGAAACAUUAUGUUUGAAGUUGAGAUGAGAUCGUGACAUGUAGCAGAAAGCUUUACUUCAUGAAUUCUCAUAUGUUACAAUUUGAA